CCGGCGCCUGAGUGACGUCGAUUUUCCACGCCGGGAAGAAGCUGGCGUGCUGAGUUUUCUCAGUACUGUUCUUCCCCUGCGUGGCCAACACCAUGAAGGAAACGCCGCUCUCCAACUGCGAGCGCCGCUUCCUGCUCCGCGCCAUCGAGGAAAAGAAGAGGCUGGAUGGCAGACAAACCUAUGAUUACAGGAACAUCAGGAUCUCAUUCGGAACGGAUUAUGGAUGCUGUAUUGUAGAACUUGGGAAAACAAGAGUUCUUGGACAGGUUUCCUGUGAACUUGUUUCUCCAAAACUCAAUAGAGCAACAGAAGGCAUUCUGUUUUUUAACCUUGAACUUUCUCAAAUGGCUGCUCCGGCUUUUGAACCCGGCAGGCAGUCAGAUCUCCUGGUGAAGCUGAAUCGACUCUUGGAAAGGUGUCUAAGAAAUUCAAAGUGUAUAGACACUGAAUCUCUCUGUGUUGUUGCUGGUGAAAAGGUUUGGCAGAUCCGUGUAGACCUACAUUUAUUAAAUCAUGAUGGAAAUAUUAUUGAUGCCGCCAGCAUUGCUGCAAUCGUAGCCUUGUGUCACUUCCGAAGACCUGACGUCUCUGUCCAAGGAGAGGAAGUAACAUUGUACACCCCCGAAGAGCGCGACCCUGUGCCGCUGAGCAUCCACCACAUGCCCAUCUGUAUCAGUUUUGCUUUCUUCCAGCAAGGAACAUAUUUAUUGGUGGACCCCAAUGAACGAGAAGAGCGAGUAAUGGAUGGCUUGCUGGUGAUUGCCAUGAAUAAGCAUCGAGAAAUUUGUACUAUUCAGUCUAGUGGUGGGAUAAUGCUGCUCAAAGACCAGGUUUUGAGAUGCAGUAAAAUAGCUGGUGUGAAAGUAGCAGAAAUCACAGAGCUAAUACAGAAAGCUUUGGAAAAUGACCAGAAAGUUAGGAAAGAAGGUGGCAAGUUUGGCUUUGCAGAGUCUAUAGCAAAUCAAAGGAUCACAGCGUUUAAAAUGGAGAAGGCCUCUGUUGAUACCUCCAACAUAGAGGAGAAAGCAGAAGAAAUUAUUGCUGAAGCCGAACCUCCUCCAGAAGUUGUUUCAAAACCUGUGCUGUGGACUCCUGGAACUGCCCAAAUUGGAGAUGGAAUAGAAAACUCCUGGGGUGGCCUUGAAGAUUCUGAGAAGGAAGAGGAGGAAGGUGGCAUUGAUGAAGCUGUUAUUCUUGAUGAUACAAAGAUGGACACUGGAGGAGUUUCUGAUACUGGAAACCAAGCACUAGGACUAAUGAUAUUGAUAAGUUUUGGGUAUUUUCUUAAAGGUGCCCCUAUAGUGCUGUCAGAUAGCGAAGAAGAAGAAAUGAUCAUUUUGGAACCAGACAAGACUCCAAAGAAAAUAAGAGCUCAGACCACCAGUGCAAAAGAAAAGGCACCAAGUAGAAGCCAAGUGAAAAGGAGGAGAAAGAAGAGAACUGCUAAUUAAAGCUAAAGUGAUGUUUUGUAUAUAAAACUACUAAAAGGAUAUUUAUUCAGUGCUUUAACAGCCCUGGGUAUUUUUUAUUUGAAAAUCCAUUAUAAGAGCUGAACUGUUUCAUAAAUUGUUUUGUCUUUAACAUUAUGCUUUGAAUAAACUUUCUGUACAACUUU